AUGAGAGCAAUAGGAAUUACAUUUAUAAGUUUGGCAUUAACCUCAGCUGUUAUUGGAAAUGCUUAUUAUCGUAAAAAGCAAUUCUAUCCAUCUGUUGUAUACAUUACUAAAUCAAACCCUAGUAUGGCUGUUAUUUACAUACAGGCAUUAAUUUUAGUGUAUUUAAUGGGAAAACUUAUGAGCAAAGUAUUUUUUGGAGAGCUCAGAGCUGCAGAAUUUGAACACUUGAUGGAAAGAUCUUGGUAUGCAGUGACAGAAACUUGUUUAGCAUUUACUUUAUUUCGUGAUGAUUUCACUCCAAAAUUUGUAGCAUUAUUUACAGUUUUAUUGUUCUUAAAAUCAUUCCAUUGGUUAGCAGAAGAUAGGGUGGACUUUAUGGAAAGAAGCCCUGUAAUAUCUUGGCUGUUUCAUGUUAGGGUAUCAGCAUUGUUAGUAAUACUUGGUUCAUUAGAUUUAUCAUUUAUUAGUCAUGCAUAUCAGUCUACCGUUACCAAAGGAGCUUCAGUUCAAUUAGUUUUCGGUUUUGAGUAUGCUAUAUUAGCUACAAUAAUUCUUAAUAUUGCUAUAAAAUACAUACUACACACAGCUGAUUUAAACAGUGAAAAUCCAUGGGAAAGUAAAACUGUAUUUUUACUUUACACUGAAGUUGUUAUGGGAUUCAUUAGAGUCUUCCUAUAUGUUACAUUUGUGGGUAUAAUGGUACGAUUAUACACUUUACCAUUAUUUGCAUUUAGGCCCAUGUAUUACACUAUAAGAAAAUUUAAACAGGCUUGUAACGAUGUUAUCUUAUCUCGACGAGCCAUUCAAAAUAUGAAUACCUUGUAUCCUGAUGCUACUCCAGAAGAAUUAGCAGCAGCUGAUAAUGUGUGCAUUAUUUGCAGAGAGGAAAUGACAACAGCUUCCAAAAAAUUACCAUGCAACCACAUUUUUCAUACAUCAUGUCUGCGCUCUUGGUUUCAACGUCAACAAACUUGCCCGACUUGCCGUCUAAAUAUUCUUCGUACAAACACUCCAAGGGUUGCUCCUCCUCCUCCCCAACAACCCCAGCCUGGAUUUCCUUUUCAAGGCCUAAAUGGUGCAAUUUUCGGACAACCUCCUAUGCCACCACCACAGCCACAACAAGUUUUUCCUCAAUUUGGAGCUCCCGGAAAUUUUCCAUUUUGGCAACAAGCUCCUCCCGCACCUCCUCAUACUCCUCAACAACAGCAGCAACAACAACAACAACAGCAGCAGCAACCACAGCAACAACAACAACAACAACAACCGCAGCAUCAAUCAGCACAAUCAGGAAAUCAAAAUGAAGCUAAUCCUUCCGUAGUGCCAAAUGAAAGUGAACAGGGUACUUCCAGUUCAGAAGCUAGGCAAAGCAGACAAAUUCCUCCGCUGGGUUCUCUGCCACCCUUUUUUUGUCCCCCUCCAUUUUUUGGAAUGUUUCCACCGCCACCUAUGCCUCCUGCAAAUUUUUCUGGGCUAUCGGACGAAGAUUUGAAAAAAAUGGAAGGUGAUGCCAGGGAAAAUAUAGAAGCCAGACUUCAGUGUUUGCGCCAAAUAGAAUUACUACUCGAUGCAUCCGUUACUGUAAUGCAACAAUAUAUGACAACAGUCACAGCAACAAAUAUCUCAACAAAUCAAGAAUCCAGUUCGAGCUCAAUUGGUAAAGUACCCGCCGCUCCUACUCCCGGCUCAAGUAAAUCAUCAUCUUCGUCAUCAUCUGGUUCAGCAACGGUUUCAGAUACGGCAAAUCAAAUCAGUUCGGAAAACUCUCAGUUAGAUGAAAUUAUAAAUAAAAAAGACGAUGAUAAAGUAUCGUCAGACAAACAAGAGGAAAUUAGAAAAUUAAGGCUUCAAAAAUUCGACAACGACGCUAAUCAAGCGAAUUGA